AUGGGGAAGACGAUGGCUCCUUCGGGGGCCUCCGGCUCAGGAUCAGGUGAGGGAAGCGGCUGGUCAGGAUCUUGGAUUGACCGAUGGCUUAAUCCAGAAAAUGCUUCGUCGAACCCGAGGGAGCUGGAGGAUGAGGCAGGGACUUCGGCUUCGGCCCCACACCCCAUCCCCGAACACGAUCCCAAUCAGGUCAAUGAAGGGCCUCCUCUGGCCCAGGAGGCGCAACGGAUAAACGCACCAUCGGUGCUUGAACUAGACCACCUAUUGGAUAACUUCACUUCCUCCUUUAAUCGCAUCUCUAUGCGAAGUGAUUAUUUGAUGAGGUUAGAGGAACGACUAGGGUUUCGAGAAUCCACCCCCGAAAGACGGUAUAAAAUACUAGAGGGGAUGCGCGUAAUUUCUUCCUUAAAAGGGCAGGAAAGGCCAAGUUCCGGAAAAAAGGCGGGGGACGCCUUAGUAGACUUCAUGCGCGAAUGGGAUCAGCAGCAAGGUUAG